AUGGUCUCUCAACGCUCUUUACUUAGCGCCCCGCGCCUAUUGACUAUCUUUCUUGCAUCCUUCUCUGUGAUUUCUAGUGUCAAUGGAGUCGCGCAGAGUGAAGAUGAUUCGCAAACCAUUAAUGGUAUUACCAUCACUGAGGCCGACCAGGCACCAGACUGCAUGUAUGAAUGCCCUGCACUGGAGAAAUACGGAUCUGGAAGUGAACUGCCCCAGUGCGUCACGGAGCAACUCACGGAUAAUUCGCAAUACGCCGAUAUGAUCAAAAGUGGCGACUACGGGAGUGAUGAUGAGACUCUGCAAGCUAUCAACGAAAUCAUGAGCUGCAUUUGCACAGAUGUUGACUUUGUUAAAGAACUGGCCGACUGUGUUUUCAAUGAACCUUGUGGCAACAACAACACCGCAAUUUACGAAGCUAUCAGCAUUGGCUACAAAGUUUGUGGAGUUAUGUACAAUGUCACCUACCCAGCCCCUACAGAGGUGGUCAAGAUGCUCCAAAUUUCAGUUCCCUCCGGUGUUGUCGUCCCUACUACAAUCACAGGAGUACCUCAAGCAACCACUUGGCCAGGAAAAACAGUUGACGCAACUCUAUCUUCUACCACCUCCAACCCUUCUGCUACCGCUACAUCGUCGUCCUCCUCCUCAAACUCAAACGACACUGUCACCGCAAGCACAAACGCAGCCAUGAAGUCCUCUCCAAGCUACUACCUCGUAUUCCUCGCGUUUUUCGCCUUCCUCGCCGUCUCGGUCUCAGCCCAGUCAAAUGGCACAAACCCCAUCUCCAGCACCACUACUGGUAUUGCUGCUACUACAACGACAAUCGCCAACGGAACUUUGACAUCUACGUCUACUGUUGCCGUCACAAGUGGUGUUUCAAAUGGAACUUUGACCUCAACUUCAACUGCUACAAACAACCUCACAACUUCUACCACCAGCACCCGAACUUCCUCCACUGGUACCAGCUCUACCACAACUGGCAGUUCCGCCAGCGCCUCUUCAACUGGUGAUGCGCCUGGAGCUGCCAUCAAGAACGGUGCAUCUUUCGGUCUUGUGGCUGCAGGUGCCGUUGCUGCUGCAUUCUUGUUCUAG